AUGGGCCUCAGGCUAGAGCGGCGAGGCCAAAACGGAGCUUCUUCUGACCCUCCGGCCAUCUCGAGGUCGUUCUCCAGCGUGUUCAGCGUCCUAUCGUCGGCGGCUGAAGCCAGUUUUGCGGUCGAUGGCGAGAAGCAGCCAUCCGGUCUUGAACUCAACGACGCUUCCGUCUCCUCGAGCCACCGUAUGGUCCCCGCAAACCCCAGGCGCAAAAACCACCGCGCCGGUGACGCCUCGCAGGGUUAG